CUCGAGCACCAGUUGCAUGCUUCGAGCUGCCCUUGGACGUGCAGCAACAAGAAAGUUACUCAAGUCUGGACGAUGUUUUGCUCUUAGAGACUUUACAGUAUUAGCCAUCGAGACGUCUGCAGAUGAUACAUGUGCAGCAGUCGUUACCUCCGACCGGCAGAUUCUGUCGAAUGUCGUGGUCAAACAACAUGUCGUACAUGAGGAGUAUGGUGGGAUAUAUCCUAUGGCGGCUAUAGAUCAACAUCAGAGGAACCUUCCUGGUGCCGUACAACGAGCUCUCAGUGAUGCGCGGCUUACCAUGGCAGAUAUCGAUGGUGUCGCCUUCACGCGAGGGCCAGGCAUGGGCGGUCCACUUUCUGUCGGUUCAAAUGCCGCCAAAACGCUUGCAGCCGCGAAUUCGAAGCCGCUCGUCGGCGUUCACCACAUGCAAGCGCAUGCCCUCACGCCGCUGCUCACGACUCCACCGGACUCUCCCUUGUACCCCACGUUCCCCUUCCUCACCUUCCUGCUAUCUGGGGGGCAUUCACUCCUUCUGCUCUGCUCGUCGCCCACCCACUUCCGCGUCCUCGCGACAACGGUAGACAAAUCCCUGGGUGGGGCCUUCGAUCACGUCGCCCGAAGGCUCGGGUUGCGAUGGGGCACGCACGGGCCAGGCGCGGAACUGGAGAAAUUUGCCGCCUCGCCUCUCCCGCCCGGCGCUGAAGCGGCCGUAGCAGAGGUCGGCAAGCCGAAAAUCCCCAUGAAGGGCCAGCUUGCAUUCUCGUUCACGGCGCCAUACUCUUUCGUCGAGCUUUACGUCGAACGUGCAGGCGGUGAAGACAAUCUCACCGAGGCUGAGCGCUGGGCCCUCGCCAGGGCUUUUCAAGGGGCCGCCGUUCAGCAGGUGGAGGAUAAACUGUUGAUGGCACUCCAACAGUGCAAGAGUGAGGGAAUCGAGGUCAGAAACGUGGUGGCUAGUGGCGGCGUAGCGAGCAACGGUUACUUGAGGCAAAGACUUGAAGCGUGUGCGAAGGCAUUUGACCCCUCCGGAGCCAUCUCGACACUUUAUCCUCCGCCCGAGCUUUGCACAGACAACGCUGUAAUGAUUGCGUGGGCCGCACUCUCCCGCUUCCUCGAUGGCGAUACCGACGCCUACAGCAUCGACCUUCGUCGAACGUGGCACAUUGAGGAGUUGUCCGGCGAGAAGCCGGUAGACGAAAAGUACUGGUACCAUAAGUCGGGACAGCCGCAGUCCGUUCCCAAAGCUGAAUUAUAACAUCCAUCUUGCCUAAUACUAAACGACUUUACGACAACUCGCGUCAACCCGUCGAUGUUUGGAUGAUAAUCGCCCGAUGCAUCAGUCGCAGUGUGAUCGAGCCGGUGUUGUGAACGAACUCGAGGCGGCGCUGUCCCAUCUAUAACCUGGUUUCCCGCUG